AUUGUAAACAAAGUCUAUCUUUGCUCGUAAUUAUCGUAACCGGUUUGCUUUAAUCAAAGUUGAUAUCCUUUAAUGUUCACGAAAUCGUGUCUGGAUUUGUGGAGAGAAGAAAAGGAACAAGCUGGCAUCGUCACUUUCUGCAAAGACCUGGAUCAAGCGAUCGGCAACGGUAUCUCCGUUGGCCUAAUCACUGAAUUUUGUGGUCCUCCUGGGACUGGCAAAACACAAAUGUGCAUUCAAUUGGCUGUGAACGUGCAAAUACCACCGACACUAGGUGGUCUCGGGGCAAAAGUUAUGUAUUUUGAUACUAACUUUGGAUUCAAUCCCAACAGAUUAGAAGAAGUAGCAACUGCAUGUACUCAUCAUUGUCAGAAAUUAGUGCAAAUUCACAGAAAAGACUUGGCAAAGACAAUCAGUCAUUUUACUGUAGACAGUAUACUAGAUGGAGUCUAUUACAAGCACAUUCACGAAUGCUCCGAGUUAUUGGACGGAAUAGAAGAACUGGAGCAGUUUUUAAAAUCUGGACAGCAAAUUAAACUUGUAAUAGUAGACUCAUUCUCAUUUCUUAUUCGUAAUAACAUAGAAAACACAUUGCAGCGAAUCAGAAUAGGUCAUAUAAUACUCACCAAGCUGCACAUGCUUGCUCACCGUUACAAAUGUGCUGUCAUCAUCACCAAUGAUGUAACAACCAGAAUCGAUUCAAGUGAUCCUAACGGCAGUACAGUUUUACCAGCUCUAGGCGAAAGCCACAGUCACAAGAUCAACCAACGGAUCGUACUGGGCCAAACGGGCGACGACGAAGAACCGGGCGUUUUUAUUGCGUCUAUUGAGAAGAGCCUGCUUCAACGACGUACAUCUGUAAAGUUCCAUAUUGGUGAGGAUGGCAUAAGGAAAUUUCGGAAAAAAUAAAUGACCCACGUUGUGAAAUAAUUUAAUUCGUAACGGUGCUCGACGAACAUUCUUUGAUUUGGCGUGGCCUCGGUUUCGACAAUAAAUAUGCUUGACAGAGAUAGUUAACAGUUUAAAGAUGUUUGACAAUCAGUACAAAUUUUCGGACAUAUUGGUUCAAUAUGAAGCAAGGGUUACCAGAGCAUCUCUAUAGUCGCCACUCAGAUCAUCCUGAAAGGAAAUUUAUGCAGUUCGUAUAAUUUUAUACCUUUCGUUUUGAUAGCUACAAUUCAUGUAAGGGUGUUCAAUUGAUUAUGUGAAUAACUGUGAAUCGUAAUAAAACAUGUUUCUCAGAAAUCAUACAAGGGAUGUCAUCAAUAACCAAUAUGUGCAACAAUUGAUGACGCGAUCGAUGUAUGUAAUUUAUGAUAAUUUUGAUGAAAAAACGACUUUCAAACAUAAACAUUUACUUUUAUUAGGCUUAGACCAAAACUUUAUCGAUGUGACUUACUAUAUGUGGACAGAUCUUUUCAUACGAUAGUUGAAAAUAGUUUAAAACAAUACUAUCAGAUCAAACGCAUCUAAAGUUAAACAGUAAUGAAUAUCUUCCUGUUUCUGCAUAAACACAGAUUGUUGCACAUUUAUAUCUUUCCAAAUGAGUGCUGAAUCUCUAAGGUUAUUCCGCGUGCUUAGUAUGAAGCCAGCUCGGCAAGCAAAUCGCCCAAGUCGCUUCCCAAGUCCUCCUACGGUAAGGGAAGAACAAACAGAUAUGGUAAAAUGCAAUGCCCUAAGGUUUAAGUCUAAAUAUGUCAAGCUUAAGCCGCCCUAAACCAGAUGAAAACGGACGUUAUUUGAAAAAAUUGCUUAAUUUCAAUGUGUUAAAAAAAAGUUUUGGUGAGAGCACGACUUCGGUUCUUUAAAUUA